AGGAAUGGUAGUCCCCAUAGUUGUGCCCGAACAAGCGAGUUCGCCCCGAAGGUGAUCGCGUUGCCCCAAGUUUGUUCCUUUGGUUAUUUGACACCGGUCACCCCUGUGAAACUGGAUAGUGAAUAACAUCGUCUUUAUCUUCCCAUGAGGUGUUAAUUUUGUCAAGGUCAACCAAUGCCGCUGACUCUUCAAGAAUGACGUUUGUUGAUUCAUGGUUGCUCUCGUCUUCCACCUCCUCCAGUAGCAGCUCUUGUUCGGCGCAAAGAAGACGAGAAAAAGGACGCUUCCGAAGGUCUACUUCUUCUAGGAGGUCUUCAAGAGGAGCAUCGCGGCUCCAACCGCAUGCCGGGCGAGUCUUGAGGGCAGUUUUCGAAAACACGAACGCAAGUAGCAAAGAGAGACAGUCCCCUGUUUCACCUGAUACUAGUUGUGGCGACUCACUGCCAAAGAUGGCGGGAACCUACAACGGGAGACGAUUUUCUAGCAAACGGGUUCAAGAUGAACUUCAUUCAUCAACGCCGCCGAUGUUCCGCUUGCCUUCGCGAUUUGCCGCUCCGGUACGAGUGAUCUGCGGUUUGCUCUUGAUGUGUUGGGGUGUGGUGGCGAAAGACUUCUAUGCCACACUUGGUGCGAAGAAGACAGAUCCCCUCUCAAGAAUUAAGAAGCUGUACCGAAAGCUCGCAUUGAAGUGGCAUCCUGAUAAAGGGGACGCGAAUGAAAGCGAGACGAAAAAAGCAGAAAGGCUGAAAAAAUUCCAAGAAAUCAAUAACGCCUACGCAACUUUGUCGGAUCCGAAAAAGAGAAAAAACUACGAUGAGUUUGGGGAGGAUCCAACACGGCCAGGACAAGCUGCAGAGGGCCAAACCGGAGGUCAGCAGGGAUUCGGCGGUACCUACUCAUGACCACUCAACAUCUGACUGAAUUCUAGUGAAGUAAUUCAUUCAUUCACAUUCCCUUUCCGGCUCUACCAAUAUCAUGGACGACAGGUACUCUUCGUACUUGCAAGGUGCUGAAGAAAUUCCAAACUUACCACAAUUACAGAUAAUAUGGCCGACAUUUUCGCUCAGUUUUUUGGAGGUGGAAGACCUGGCGGCGGAGGUGCGAGUUUUCAGUUCAAUUCGGGUGGCGGGCAACAGCGUGGCAAGCAGCAGGCAAAACAAGAGUCGCCAUUGUACUUUAUCAUACAUCUUAGUUGUUACUGUUAUUCACCACGUCCUGAACCUGAUUUUCAUGUUUUUGCAGUGCGGUAGUCUAAGGGAGUCCGGCGUUAGACGAUGCAUAUCGGAAUCAAUAAUGAAAGGAAAUUCUUUUCUUGCUCCUCACAUGAUGCGACAAAAAAUUUAUAUAUUAGGUACGACGAUGACGAGCACGUUUCGGAGAUUCAGGGUUUCGAAGAUUAUCAGAAUAACGUGAACAGUGCACGCGAUCACUAUGCUGAGCAGUUCGUGAUAAAGUUUUACCAAGAUGGUCAUACACCAUCUAAACAGUUCUCGAAACCAUUUAGCAAGCUUGCGAAGGGGUACGAUGGGGCUGCAAACUUCUUUGCAGUCGGCUGUAAUAGACACAAGAAGGUAUGCGAUAAAGCGGGAGUCUCAAGCUAUCCGUCGAUAAAAUUCUACGGCGCAGGAGAAAAAACAGAAACCUUCUCUGGAGCAAAGACCUAUGACGGGCUCUGUACUACUCCUAUUCCUUGUUCUUCUUUGUACUUUGUGCAGUAAACACAGAUGCGACUGCUAGAAGGUCCGAAAAAAAGUUGGUUCUACUUUUGCAAACACAUCAACCAUUAUGUGUCAUGGAUCCUCUGUCAUGUACUACUGUAAGAGUCAAUAAUUUGAUGUUCCCAUUAUGUAACCCUCAAUUGUUCUCUUCAAAACACACAACAGUGAAGUGGGUGAAGAAGACGCUGCCUGACAAGACAGUGACGCUGAAAACAAAGCACGACAAAGACAAGUUUAUGUCUGUCGAUGGUGCCAAGGUUAUCCUCUUCGUCGAAAAGCCGAACACGCCACCAAGGCUCACUCUUUUAUCAGUGCAGUUUGGCAAAGUACAGAUAGGCGUGCUCUCGAAAAAGGACUCUCCGAAACUAUUCAAGGAGUUUUUGGUGCCAAGGAAGCAGAAACUACCGGUACAUCUUUCUUAUUCACGCUUGUUCAUAAUAUUUUUACUAGGCACUCUCUCGUCAGACCACAAUUAUAGAUAUGUAUUUAAGUAAGUAGAUGGAUCAUGAUUUUCUUGACGAAGACUUGUUCCACGACACUGUUCUUGUAAUUUUAUACCAGCUAGUACGACGCUCCAACUACUACCUUUGGCCCGAUCAAAUCGUAUUUGAAUCAUGAUUUUUCCAAAUCAGGCGUUCCUGAAUGUUCAUGACGGAACCUGGACGAAGAAGUCGAUUGACGAGAUUCCAGGCUUUUUUGGUGAGGUGCAGAAACAAUACCGUGAGGAGAUGUUGACACCGAAAUUUUUGGAGCUCACUUUCGACGAGUACAAUCCCCCAUCGAACAAGUGUGGCCCAACUGACAGCAACUACUGCAUUCUCGUCUAUACAGAGCACACAGAGCUGUUGAAAAGCAUAUUCCUAGACGUCGCAAAGACGCUGAUGAAAGACCCGGUGCGGGUAGUCAGCGUGAAUCCAAAGACGAACAUCGAAAUGAAGACGAAACUGACGCCAAUUGUGUCAAAGUUGCCAGCGGAGGAAGUUGUUGUGCUGUUGUGGCGACCGAAGAGACAGAGGUGGAAGCAGUUCGAUCAAAACUUCGUCGAACUGUACCAAAAGGACAAGGCCAAAGAGGGAAUCGUCACCUGGGUGCGGGAGGCGAUGGAUUCGGGAGUCGCAUUACAGAAUCGUCACGACGAACUCUAACACAUAGCACCUCAUCCCCGUUAGUGUUUCCAACGAAACAAUAGAACUUCCGAUGUUGGAUUUAUGUAUGAAUGUACAUAUCUGCAGAAAAUAUCAUGGAAUUGUCAUUGGAAUUGUCCUCACAAAAUAUGGAUGUUACCCGUACAAUAUCAAUAUCAAGUGUAGCUGUUACCAUUUAAAGAGGCGCCGGCCCGGUCGAAAAGUUGUAGAUAUUCAUCUAUUUUUUUUCAUCGUUUACCUUUACAACAUGUACUUACAUAGCUAGGCACCCCAGCAGAAUCCUCCUAGUCAACUGUAAUCAGCAAGCCCGGCUUGCAGAAGGACCCCUCUCUGCAAUUGCCGGAACCCAACCCCAAUGAGCCUUGCUUGUUCUCAGAGACGUUUUCAAAUCUUGCGAUUACAUUUCUCCCUCAUCGAUUAAAGAUUGCGCAGCUCCCUGCCCCCAUAUGCGGCACGCUGAGCAAUGUUACCAUUCCCUGGGGCUGCUCUCAAUUUUUCGAAACACAAAUUGAAUGCUAUUGAAGUCACGAAGUGUUCCGUUCAUUGAUUUCAAAACUGUAAGUAAAUGUUGUUACUGCAUUUUACUUGAUCGGUAUCUACAUCGUCCAAUACAGAGAGGCACGAUAGCAGCAUAAUUUAUAAUAUGAUAACCAACACGAAUCACAACUUUGAGUCAUGGUCAAUAUACUUUUGGUCUUCUUCGUUUGAGAAAAGGUAUGCCUUGCCCCAGUUCGUUCCCAUGCAAUGAUCAUCAGUGACAAUGGACUUACACAGAGGAAAUGCCGCUGCCGGAUCUUGAAUGACGUCGACGGUCAGAGCUACUACUACUGAGAAAUAUUAGUUCG